AUGUCGAGCGCCGAGUUUGAGAACUAUGUCUUUAGUCGAGGAGGGAAUCGCUUGAUUCGAACGGUGCUCAUCGCAUCCAACGGACUUGGUGCGACGAAAGCAAUCAGAAGUUUACGCUCCUGGGCUUACGAGACGUUCAAAUCGCACGAUGUGUUACAUUUGGUUUGCAUGGCGACAGAGGACGAUUUAAGAACGAACGCGGAGUAUAUUCGAUUAGCGGACGAAUACAUCAUCGUAGAAGGCGGCUCAAACGUGCAUAACUUUGCAAAUGUCGAUUUGAUUGUAAAAAUUGCGCGCAGAUGUGGCGCCGACGCCGUGUGGCCCGGUUGGGGGCACGCCAGCGAAAAUCCAAAGCUUCCGGAAGGAUUAUCCCAUCACAACAUAGCCUUUCUCGGCCCGCCGAGUUCAGCCAUGGACGCUGUCGGUGAUAAGAUUUGUGCGAAUAUUCUAGCUCAAUCAUGUGGUGUUGAUGUCAUCCCCUGGUCCGGAUCCGGUUUGACUUUGAACAACGCCGAUGAUACCGAUUGUUCCAUACCGGAAGAUUUAUUAGCAAAAGCUACGGUCAGAGACGUGGAAAAAGCCGAACGCGUAAUCAAUGAAUCGAUCGGGUAUCCGGUCAUGAUUAAAGCGUCCGAAGGAGGUGGAGGUAAAGGUAUUCGAAUGGUUCGCAACGAUGCAGAACUACGCGCUUCGUUUCAGCAGGUGCAACAGGAAGUGCCGAUGAGUCCAAUUUUCAUUCAGAAAUUGUCGCAGAAUUCUCGUCACUUGGAAGUACAAAUGGUGGCAGAUCAGUACGGUCAAGCGAUCGCUUUAUACGGGCGCGACUGUUCUGUACAGCGACGUCAUCAGAAAAUUAUCGAAGAAGGGCCAAUUACCGUCGCUCCGAGGAAACUGUGCGAAGAACUGGAGCGCGGCGCGGUUCGUUUGGCAAAGAAAGUGGGUUACGCCGGCGUAGGCACCGUGGAAUAUCUAUUUAACUGCAUUACCGGGGCGUAUUCAUUUUUAGAGGUCAACCCGAGAUUACAAGUGGAGCAUCCUGUCACAGAAACUAUUACUGGAGUAAAUAUUCCUGCAGUACAACUGCAAAUCGCCAUGGGCAUUCCGUUGCACAAAAUCCCACACAUUCGCAGAUUUUUUGCGCAAAGCGACGUUAUGGGCGUUAGCUCGAUUGAUUUUGAUACCGCGAAACCAAUUCAACCGAUUGGACACUGCGUAGCUGGGAGAAUUACCGCCGAAGAUCCAGAUAGUGGGUUUAAACCGACAUCUGGUGCCAUUCACGAGUUACACUUUCGCACCAUGCCUGGCGUAAACGGCAAUUUUUCGAUUGGUUCUGGAGGCGGAGGAGUCCACCAAUUCGCCGAUUCGCAGUUUGGACACAUUUUCGCUCAUCGCGAAACGCGAGAAGAAGCUUCAACUGCGCUCGUGCAAACAUUAUCCGAGUUCUCUGUGCGAGGACAAAUCCACUGUAACGUAAAGUACUUGAUGACUCUGCUCGAAAAAGAUGAUUUCAGGGCUAACGUCCACGACACGGCCUGGUUAGACGGCUUGAUCGCGAUCGGGGACCGAGCACCAGAACUUCCCGACCACGUCGUCAUUGCGUGUGGAGCUGUUUUGAAAGCCUCAGCGGAGUCUAAAAAGCUCGAGGAGCAGGUUGCGCAGUGCUUGAGAAGAGGUGUCCCGCCGGAGCUCUGGAUGGCAAACUUGAGCGAACACUCUUUCGAGCUCAUAUACAACGAUAUUAAAUAUUCCUUGAAAGUCUGCAUGGGAAGUAAAUCAAGUUUUUGCAUUUACAUCAACGACCAAAUGCUCGCAGCGGAGUCCUUGCAACUCUUUGACGGAGGUUUGAAAAUCAUUUUGAAUAACCGCUCUCAUACUGUGUACCCGGAAGAGUCCAAAGUCGGGAUGAAAAUCCAUAUCGAUGGAUAUUCUUGCUUUUUUCCGGAAGAUUUCGACGCGACCAAAUUGUGCGCGAAUACCACAGGAAAACUAUUGAAAUUUCUCGUUCCGAACGGAGGAAGUUGUAAAGUAAACGAACCGUAUUGCGAAAUCGAGGUGAUGAAGACGGUUAUGCCGUUGAUAUCGACAACUUCUGGUAUCGUCAGUCACGUUGCGCAAAUAGGCAGCCAACUUGAGCCCGGGGACGUUUUGUGCGCAGUAGUGGUCGAUGAUCCAAGCUCUAUGAAGCUCACAAAACCAUUCAAAGGUGUCUUUCCGGUAUCUAAACCGCGGAAGUUUACGGUGAGCGCGGCUGGAUCACACCUGGAUAAGUUUUCUAGAAAUUCUGCGGCUAUGAUUCAACUCCUGCAAGGGUAUCACUUCGACGGCGAUCCAUUGCGAGAGUUAUUUGAAGUUUUGGGUACGAUAGAACUCGUCCUCGAGGAUUUCAAAGAGGCACGCGACGCGAUCGCGAGUCGAUUAGACGAAAAGACGAUAAAGGACUUGCAUCUCAUCGCGUGCGAUAUUGAAACUUCGCAAUCAUCUCCGAGCGAAUCGGCUCGAUAUACAAACACCGUAGCAUCAGCGGUACAAAACGUUCGUAAAAUAAUACAAGAGAAUGAUACUACGUUUGCAUCUUUGUCGAAAUUCUGCGAUCGUCACGAAGGUGGAUUGCACUCAUCAAAAGCUCGCGUGCUGACUGGAUACAUGGAAAUGUUCUUGGAUAUUGAAGAGACUUUCUCGAGCUGCGCGAGCUUUGAAGACGCAAUUAUGCUUCUGAGAGAAUCGCAUCGCGAUGAUAUUUUUACAGUGACUCAAUACGCACACGCGCACGCGAAGUUAGAGCGCAGAUCAGAACUGAUAGUCACAAUAUUAGAUUAUGUUGCCGAUAAUGGAUUUAUGGAUAUCCACGCGUGCCAUUCCGCGGUGCAUAGAUGCAUGAACCUCGUUGGUCACAGACACGAGAAGCUAUCCCAACGGGCGCGCGAAAUUAUUGUAAAGAAGCAAGAAGUCUCGAGACAAUCCAGACGCGAAAAAAUAGCCGCAGAACGAUCGCGCGUGCGACGAGAAGAAUCGUUCGCAUCCUUCACGCAGCUUUCUUUGAACGAGUCUUUCGACACGCCAGGUGGAGGUGGGCAUUCGCGCUCCAAUUCACGAGGAUUACGCAGCGCUGGAUCGCUGUAUGGAAGCGAAGUUGAUUUACAAUCCGUAGUUUCAGAAGAUGACUCCUCGCUUUCUUACACCGGUGGAGGUGAAUCGACGCCGACGAAUAAUACACCGUCAGGCUCUCAAACGUUCGCUCGAAAUGUUGGAAGAAUCUAUUUGGAUAAACAAAAUACGCUUUCGCGAUUGGAAUCUUAUGACGAUAUUUCAGAGAUUGAAAACACGCACUUGCAAUACAACUGGGACUCACUGUUCGACGGUGUAUCUGAAACCGCGCGAUUUGAUGCCAUCGAGGCGUUGUUUUCAUCCACUGGAGUGGAUUUGAAGAAGAUUGCGGGUGCCGAUCCGGAACCGUGCCGGACCGAAAUGACGGUGACGAGCGUCAAGUUGAACGGUUCAGAUUCUAUCGUUUUGUUUGCGCCGUCUCUCGGGCAAGCGGUAGCAGCAUUACCAGAAGCGUCGGAUUUAAGUCCGCGGGAACUUGCUUUUGUCAUUUCCUAUCCCAGAUUAGUUGGCAGAGAUGAAAAGGAAGUUCGCGCGGCGGCGGCGGCUUUCGUCACAGGGCAAAACUUGGCGGGCGCAUUUACUAGUACAAUUACGAAAGUGAGCGUGACGCUUUUGUCAUUGGAUGCUCGUCCGCAUCACUUUGCGUUCAAAAGAUCUGGCACUGCAGCCUCGGGAGCCGAUGGCUUUGAUGAGAUGUACGCCGCGAAUGGUUUUUGGCCGCACGUAGCUUCUCACAUGGAAGUCGAUCGACUCGAUCCUUUCGAGAAGAUUGAAUGCGUCGGAAAAUUGAAUUCCAGAACUCGGCAGCGUAAUCCGAACUUUGUCACGCCUUCGGAUUACUCCAUCGGUGUUUUUCUCGCCGAAGAGACUCCAAAGAAGCCUGGACACAAGCAGCCGCAAAGAGAUCGUCGCGUCUUCUUACGGGCGGCGGUGUACGAUAAAGACUUACUUCUGGUAAAUUUCUCACCAAACCCCACCCCCCGGCCGUCGAGGACAUCUUAUUCAGAUUCCGGCAUUUCAGCAGAAGAAACACCGUUUUUACCACCAGAAGAUUCGGUUUUGGCAGAUGUUUUAGGAUCACUGGAGCUAGCCGUCGGUUCGCACAGAACGGCGUGGAAUCACGUGUUUAUCCAUCUCGUCGGCGCCGACGACAAGUUAGAUUUACCACACGUAGAAAGUGCCAUCGAUUCCUUCGUUAACUUAGCAUUCGCGGAUUUGAAGAGAUUAAAAGUAGUGUGCGUAGAAGUGCGCGUCGGUGAUUCUGGAUCUGUCGUUGCUCUGAACACCUCUGGAUUAAAGUUCAAGAUUCAAACCUCCCUCGAUCGGGGUGUACCGGAAGCGCAUCCGCUCCUGAACGUUACGCAACGCAAAAGAAUGGUUGCUCAAAACUUAUCAUCAACGUACGUGUAUGACUUCCCGGAGAUUUUUGCAAACGUGCUCCACGAAGAAGGUGGCUGUAUCUCGUCAAUUGUUGAACUCGCGCUUCAAGGCGGCUCUUACUCAGGCGGCGUAUUGGGCAAUAAUGGUCCGACGUCACCGCGAUCGUCGAUUGGCUCGAUUUUAGAAAUCUUGCCCGGUCAGAAACGAAAGCUUGUGCCAGCGAACCGCCCUGCCGGUCAUAACGAUUGCGGCAUGGUUUGCUGGAAGCUCACGUUAAAUACGAAGGAGUAUCCCGAUGGAAGAGAUAUUAUAUUAGUGUCAAAUGAUAUAACGCACAUGUCCGGCUCGCUUUCGCCGCCGGAAGACGCCGUGUACAGAGCCGCCAUGGACUUGGCAGUUGAGUUGGCCAUACCGUGUGUCUACGUCUCGGCAAACUCUGGUGCACGCAUUGGCCUCGACGAAGCCGUGAAAGCUGCAUUUCAAGUGUGUUGGAUAGACGAAAAAGAUCCGCGCAAAGGAUUCAAGUACAUUUACCUCUCCGAAGAUGAUUACGAGAUGCUCGGUGCAAAUGGACGCGUGAAAGGAACGCGGUUACUCGAGAACAACGAAGUUCGCUACGCGCUUACGGAUAUUUGCGGUGGACAAGGUGUCGAGUGCCUUCAAGGUUCUGGCGAAAUAGCUUCCGCGACCUCUCGCGCAUACCAAUCUACCGUAACUAUUGCAUACGUUACCGCGCGCUCGGUAGGCAUUGGCGCGUAUUGCUCGCGAUUAUGCCAACGCGUCGUGCAACACCAAGAGGCGCCGCUCAUCUUAACUGGAGCGAGCGCUCUGAACAAAGUUUUAGGACGAGAUGUAUACACUUCAAACGCGCAAAUUGGUGGCCCAAAAGUGAUGGGUUCGAACGGCGUUUCUCAUAUGGUUGUUCCAGAUGACGUUCAGGGCGUAAAAGCCGUGUUAAAUUGGCUAUCGUACGUUCCGGCGAGUAUUGGCGGAGCACUUUCUUACUAUCUCGAUAACGACGCGGAUGCUUUCGAAAGUGGCGGUGACUCUAUCCACAGAACUUUGAGGUUUGAUCCGGCAGCUACCAAGUCGCCGUACGAUCCGCGCGAGAUUUUGCGCGAUUUUUUCGAUACGAACUCGUUCACGGAAGUCAUGCAAGAUUGGGGUAGAACUGUCGUCACAGGACGCGCGAGAUUGGGAGGAUUACCCAUAGGGUGCGUGGCGGUUGAAACGAGAAUGGUGAACAAGACGAUACCGGCUGACCCGGCGUUUCCUGGCGCUCAAAUUGGCGAAGAGACCCAAGCUGGGCAGGUGUGGUUCCCGGAUUCCGCGUUCAAAACCGCGCAAGCGAUUGGAGAUAUGAACCGAGAAGGAUUGCCGCUGAUUAUAUUUGCAAAUUGGAGAGGAUUUGCGGGAGGCCUGCGCGACAUGUACGGAGAGGUUUUGAAAUACGGCGCGUGCAUUGUCGACGCGCUGCGCGAGUUCAAGCAGCCGAUAUUCGUUUACAUUCCUCGAGGCGGCGAGUUGCGCGGCGGUGCCUGGGUAGUAAUUGAUUCAUCCAUCAACCCCGAACAAAUGGAGUUCUACGCGAGCGAUGGCGCCAAGGGGGGCGUUUUGGAACCGGAAGGUAUCGUCGAUAUCAAGUUUCGAAAAGACGAUUUGGUAAAGACGAUGCGUCGAACGGUGAAAAGCUUAGAACACAACAGUCAUCUCCAGAAACAGCUCACGCCGACGAUGAAACAACUCGCCGUUCAUUUCGCUGCUUUACACGAUACUCCGGGCGUCAUGCUUCACAAGAGGGCAAUCAAAGCAGUCGUUGAAUGGGAAACGAGUCGGGAAUUCUUCUCUUUGCGACUGCGUCGACGCGUCUGUGAAGAGCGCAUAAAGAAGUAUCUUCGCGAAAGAGCGAAGAGAGAAAUCGCGCCCGAGGAAAUGCGAAGCUACCUCUCCGAACUCGAACACGUAAUCGAUGGUAUUGUAGAGGCCAAGAUCGGCUCAGUCGAACCAGAAAAAGUCACCUCGGUGAUUGAAUUCGCGAUGCAGUUGUAA